AUGUCCUUCUACACACUAUCCGCCUUGGACGACCGGAUCAAGAACCCCGACCAACUCAUAACGGUUGAUAUCUCACGGUUCUCAAAUAGUCUGGCAGAGCUUUACUCCAACCUCGCCAAACCGAUUCUAGACAUGGCCAUUUACAAUUAUUCCCUUUCGAAGAGUGUGGGUGGCGAAAGCCUUUUUCUCAUGUCCCUUCUUGUCCAAUUAUCUGCAAACGCGAUGCGCGCAUUAACGCCACCGUUUGGGAAAUACGUUGCCGAUGAAGCACGGUUGGAGGGAGAGUUUCGAUUCCAGCACACAAGGCUCAUUGAUUACAGCGAAGAGAUUGCCCUGUACCGCGGCCAUGAGACGGAGAAGGAUACGUUGGAUAAGGGAUAUUUUACACUGAUCAAGCAUGUGAACCGCAUCCUGCGGCGAAGGCUAUACUAUGGUUUCAUGGAGGAUUUUGUGAUUAAGUAUUUCUGGGGCGCUCUGGGAUUGGUUCUCUGUAGUGUUCCGGUCUUCUUCAAAAUUCCGGGACAAGUCACGGCAACAAUGGGAGACAGGACGGAGAGUUUCGUUACAAAUAGACGCAUGCUCUUGUCCUCUUCCGACGCUUUUGGACGAGUGAUGUUUUCAUACAAGGAAAUUUCUCAACUCGCCGGCCACACCGCCCGCGUAUCAUCCCUUCUCGAAGUUAUUGACGAUGUUUCGGCCGGCCACUUCGAAAAGAAGCUUGUUUCCUCCGCCUCUACUGACGAAAAUGCCGCCGUCCUCAGUGGCCGCGGCACCAUUGUGGAAAGUGACUUCAUCGAAUUCACUGAUGUCCCCAUAGUCUCUCCUAAUGGGGACGUUCUGGUCCAAAAGCUAUCCUUCUCCGUUUACCCUGGCGAUCACCUCCUCAUCGUCGGUCCCAAUGGGUGCGGGAAGUCCUCUCUCUUCCGAAUUCUGGGUGGUCUUUGGCCAGUCUACGGCGGGAUCGUCAAGAAGCCAUCCUUCGAAGAUAUCUUCUACAUCCCACAACGCCCUUACCUAUCCCGCGGCACACUGCGACAGCAAGUCAUCUACCCAGACGGCCUAAGUGAAAUGCAUGCCAAGGGCGUCACGGAUGAAGACCUCUAUAAGAUUCUUAGUAUCGUAGAGAUUGCCUCCAUCGUCGAUAGGCCUGGCGGGUGGGAUGCGGAGGAGGAGUGGCGUGAUGCACUUUCUGGUGGCUUGCAGCAACGGAUUGCUAUGGCGAGGCUCUUCUACCAUAAGCCCCGGUUUGCGAUUUUGGACGAGUGCACAUCCUCCGUCACGCUGGAGAUUGAGAAAGUUAUGUAUGAGACUGCGAAGAAGCUGGGUGUGACACUAAUGACUGUUUCGCACCGGCGGAGUUUAUGGAAAUACCAUAAGAAGAUAUUGCAGUUUGAUGGACAGGGGAAUUAUAUUUUUACUGGCUUGGAUUGGGAGAAGAGGUUGCAGCUUGAAGAUGAGAAGGAAGAAAUCGAGCUCCAACUGCGUGCGGUACCAGACUUGGAAAAGAGACUUUCGGAACUAACUGCGUCAUGA